AUGGAAGGUGACACAGAAUUUCAAACAAUGAAUGGGCCAAAUGUUACAAGAUAUUCGGAGGAUGGGUCGUUCUUCUUAAGAUGGACGGCUUCAAUUGAAUACAACAGAUCUUCCUUCUACGCCGAAUGUUCAACAAACACAACAAUUACAACAAGCAUGAUUUCUUUAAAUAUGAAAGAUAUUCCUGGCCAAUGUGGCGCUCUCGUUCCUCUUAGCCCAGUUGUUCGCGACGCCGACGUCAAACUGGGUUAUUUUCCGUCUGACGCUGCUUUAUGGCCAUAUGCAUUACAGAGACGAUUAUGGAAGAAAAACAUCGAAUAUAUACAGUUGCACAAAGGCCGUCAUUAUGAAGAGGAAAAAGUAUCUGAAUAUUUGUACAUAUUAACUUUAUUCCACUUUAAUGAAAGAGACGAGGGAUCAUAUAGUUUAGAGUGCAAUACAGUGGAUAGCACGGAACCUGUGCAGCUUUAUAUUUCAGAGCGACCGAGUUAUCCAGUCCUCGGUCCACAGUACCCCGACUAUAACACAACAGAAUGCAUUUAUGUGUAUGAAGGCUCCGUUGUUUAUUGCAAAACUAACAAUGGAUCAGAACCCGUUAAAGUAUUACUUAUACUGGGACAUGAUUCAUUUGUUCUUGCUGAAAGCAAACGGAACAGAGGGUUGUACCGAAUCAAUAACGUCUAUCAACAGAUGGCUGGACUGUCAAGACGGAAUGUGACAUGUCAGGUUUCUAAUGCAGCCCUUGAAACACCCUAUGAAGUGCAUGGCAUUCUAUGUUACGUAGAGAAAGGAAGCCUGCCUUUUCUCACAGUUCCAGCAUUCCUUCAUGGAGAAAGUUCUACAUCAAUUUGUGAAGUGCGCAAUGCUAUUCCAGCUCCGGUUAUUGAAUUUCACAUUGACAACGACUUGCUAGCAGAUGUUCAACAAAUCGAUUUAUUUAAUAUAUCUUCUCAUACGUUUACCAGCACAGCAACGAUUGCAAACGCUAACAAAACAUGGAAUGGAAAGCAAAUGUGCUGCACCAGGAAAAGCAUGUACAGUUUUGGUUUUACAGAUGUGUCAGUAUGCAAAAACAUUAGUAUGAAAGAAGUAACAACCAACCCUGCAUUAGCUGUAACCGAACAGUGGCAUUCGAUCCUUUACGCCGUAGCUGGAAUUCUUCCAGCUUUACUUGGAACGACGUUUAUCGUGAUUCUCUUUCGUCGAUGCAAACAUCAUGAGUCUGAAACGAUUCUAAGCCGUAGAAGAACUGUCGUUAGAGAGCAACAUUUGCAUUUGCAUGAUGUUGUUGAACCUAAUUUGGAUACAACUGCCCUUCACAAUCUAAGAGGAGUGUCUGCAAGUGCAGUCGAGAACCAACCAGUACCAUCACCAUUGGAUAUGGAAGAAACCGAAGACCGUUUAUACGAAAAUGUUAGCCACUACGAAAAUGUGGUAACCUUAUCCGACCACCGAGACCGUCGAACAAACGAACCCGAUGCAAAUUGUAUUUACAAUUUCUAUGCUAUUUGA